AUGAAUAAAGUUAUAAUCUUAGUUGUUUUAGUUGCAGUGUUCUCUACAUUUGUCGAUGCUACAUCUGAUUGUUGUAUUGGAUUCGUAGGAUUUGAUGGAAUUCCAUUUUGUUCCUAUGAACACUAUAACUCUGCAAUGUAUACUUGGCACUGUUCAGGCCUUCUCGGCUAUACCAAUGGUGAAACAGUUUGUACUUCAUGCUACAGUCGUCCAGGGCCAGGUUUGAUUGCUAUUAUCAUUGUCGGCUGUAUGUUGGUGCUUAUCGGUUUUAUUGUAGCAUGGUUCAGAUACAGAAGACGUCAGCAACUGGUGAACAACUACCUUGUCAGUGCUACCAAGCAUCAUGAUCACUGUGUAGCCACACAACCACCAGCACAAUACUACGGAUAUCAACUAGUGCCACAAUACCAUCAACAAGGAAACGGAGCAGUACUCUACAGUGGUGCACCAUAUCCAAAUCAAUAUCCAACACCUUAUCCAACUUCAAGUGUCUCUGUAACUGCCAAUCAUCAAUAA